AUGACGUGUAGAAAUUUACAAAGCCUGAAUGUAUCCCUCUCUGAUAUUGGCUUUGUGGAUAUUUUCUGGAUAUCUGUAGAAAGUCCAAGUCUCGCACAACUUGUUCUUAAAUAUUGUGACAACAUUACCGAUGCUGCCAUUGUAAACAUUGCAAACAAGUGCCCUUAUCUGCAGCAUGUUUCUCUGAAAGGAUGCAGAGAAAUCACAAAUGUGUCAGUAAAAGAAUUGGCACGAAAAUGUCAGAACUUAUAUUAUCUCAAUCUCAGUGGCUGUGUCUCUAUGCGCUUUGCGAAUGGGACUAUGGAAAUGCUUUCAUCAAGAUGCGAGAAUCUUGAAUAUUUUAACUUCAAAGCGGAUGAUGCAUGUUUUGAAAAUAAUCGUAAUCGAUGGUUAACAAGUCAUGAUAUACAAUUGUUUGCUUCAAGAUGUAAAAACUACGGUUCUUGA